UUUUCUUGUGUUGGCAUGCUAAUCAAAUCAGGAUGUCAAACACAGGGGCAUGUCCAGGGAGUGGCCUGGGGUAGCACAUGCCACCCUUGGAAUCUGAUUGGCCACGCCAGGUUCCACCACACUAAUUUACCUUUAAAUGGGCUUUUCAUUGUCCACAAAAGGCUUGGGGGUAAAACAAAAAAAGCAUAACCAUUGGUGCCACCCAUGCACAAAGUUGUGCCUCACCUGGGCCACCCCAUUUUAAAAGAGCUGGACACGCCACUGGUCAAACAUAAACAUAACCGGAAGGCGCAAUGUUCCAAUUAUAACCUAGAAAACUGCUUGUUAUAUCGAACCUUCUCUAGUUGAACACCUGAACUUCCUUUCUACAUUUUUCUGUCUUCUUAACCUAAAUGAGCUUGUUGUUGUUGUCAUCAGAUUAACUGUGUCAGAUCCGGCCAUGGGUGUCACUGCCCUCUUGCUACUGAGCUUUCUUGGCCUUGCUAUUAUAGCUCAAGCUCAAGACUGCUCUAAACCAAUUGGAGGGCCUAACAUGUAUUUGAAGGGAGAUGCCAUUCUGCAAAACACAUUUCCAGAUGGCUCCAAAGUUUCUUUCUCCUGUAACACUGGCUACACACCUGCUGGAGGGUCUUCAUCCAUCACUUGUACUGCUGGGACUUGGAGUCGUUUGUCGCUGGUUUGCGAGAGGGAGAACUGUGGAGCUUAUCCUGAAGUGGAAAACGGGAACGUUGAUUACCCUAAGGGAGACACUCUGUAUGGUGACACGGCUAAAGUCAUUUGUAAUCAAGGCGGUGACAUGUGACACACCUAAAACAAUUGCAAAUGGUGCCUAUGGUCCAUAAAAAGAGCAAUACUCAUUUAGAGACGUUGUGCGCUACACUUGUUUAAAUAAUACCGCUCUCAGUGAAGCGCCACUACUCACAUGUUCUGAAGAUGGGAACUUCCAGCUAGGUCCUCCAACCUGUGUCUGUAAGUGUUUUUGUGUUUCAUCUUCCAAAUCCACUCAUAUUUGCAAUAACAAAGGUUUAUUUUUAUACAUUUUCUAUUUUUUUUUUCACAGUUUAUUGCAAAAAUCCUACCAUUCCCAAUGUUGAGUUUGUUGAAGGUUCUCAGCCUCCACACUAGGCUUCAAUCACGUACACAUGUUCACCUGGAUUUGAGAUGAGUGCAUAUAAGUUGUCCUAACCCCCUGUGUGAUAGAAACGUGUAACGAUCCCAUUAGAAAUCGGGUAGAAAUACGUGAUUUGUCCAUAUCUGAACAACAUGUAAAAUAACAUGUUUUCUAUGUAAAUGGUUAUCCAUUCUCUUGUCAGAGACAUUCCUACAUUUCAUUAAAGUUAAUGAAGCGUGAGUAAAAUGCUCUCCAUUGUUAUUGUACCAAUCAUUCUGUUGGUGAACAGAAGCUGAAUUGUGUCCUGGUUUUAUGAUGAAGUCAUUAACAUCUGAUGCUCUGGAAAAGUUACGAAAGCAAAACUCAAACUGUUAAUAAAGAAUUUUGGAACCGU